UUUUCGUUAAACCCUGGGGUGGAGACUGGAGAGGGUUUAGGCGCCAUAUAGGAGGGAGGGGUUCAUCGGAGCUUCAACAGAGAGAGAGUUCACAGCUAGAAAGCGCGAAAAUGGGCAAAGGCGGAAAUGAUAUGUGGGACGAUUCUGCGCUUGUCAGUGCCUUCAAUGACGCUGUCUCCAAAUACAAGAUCAAGCAUAACCAAGCUGGUGGGGCUGGCAGUGCACCGGUGAAUUCAUCUGCUGUGGAAAAUGAAAGCAAAGAAGCAAGAAGACACGAGCAGGCAGAUGAUGACAGCAAAGCUUUAUCAACUAAGACAAUAGAAAUGGCGGAAACUAGUACUGUUUCACCUGUAGCACAAAAUUAUUGUGCAGAGGCAAGUGGUCUUGAGCAGUCCCAGGAUAAACCCACAAGCUAUGUGAACUCUCAAAGUACAGAAGAUUACAACUUCUUGCUGAGCAAAUAUUAUGAAAUUGAGGAUCAGAGGCAAAAAGCCUUGCAGCAACUUUACCAAUUUUGUGGAUGGAGUUAUGAGUACCCUGGUUAUAGUACCUUAACCUCUCAAGAGCAUCAGACUUAUGCAGCGCAUGCUUCUAACUCUACACCCACCGCUUUUUAUUGCCCAUAUGGAUGCCAGAGUUCGGAGACUCCACCUUGUUGUUGUGUGGGUGGAAAUUGCAGUGAUAAAAACUUUGAUGCUGCUAGAAGCAGUAAUGAUCAGAAUUCCACAUCUCUUCAACAGCCUGAUGUUAAAACAGCAAUGGAUGCCGCAGAGAAAGCACUUUCUUCCUUGAGACAUGAUUUAGGGAAUGAUAGAUCACCGAAUAUGAGCAAUGAUCAUGUAGAGGAAGUAACCAAGCCUGAAACAGAUCUUUCGGAAGUUUUGCGUGCAUGGUAUUCUGCUGGGUUCUACACUGGAAAGUAUCUCUCUGAGAAAUCUUGUGCAAGGAAACAGCAUGACUAGCCCUUUCUGGGGGGUUGCUGGUAAACCUUGCUGAUGGACGUGCAUUGCUGGAUUUUUGUGAUUAGCAGUAUAUCCAUGAGAAAUCAAAUCUCUGCUGUAAACACUGAUGUGGGGUCGUGGAGAGCACAAGAUUCGACUUGAAUUCUUCACUGCAUCAUCCUUAGUCUUGAGUUUCCUAUGUACUUUAUUUUGAUUGCACUUCUUGGCCUGUUUGUGUUUGGCCUUCUUUCGUAGUUGUGGUGAGCAAUAUACCUGAACCUUUUGUGUAAUGAGUAUAUACACCGUACUAAAAAUUUUAAAAGUGAAGGCUAACGAGGAAUCAUUUUCGCAA